AUUGUUUUGUGUUAGUUUUUAGAGAUUGGUUAAAGUUUUUCUCCAGUGAAAAACAUAUCACACAACCAAAUUAUUGGUAUGAUAGAAACAUCAUUACCAUUUUUAAAAUAUAAAAAGAAGAAAAAUGAAAACAUCCGAUAAAAUCGAUCUGCAAAUUGACGUUCACUUUCUUUAAAAUUCUGCAAACUUGUCAUCAAACAAAAAGCUAAGAGAAGAAAACAAAACCCUUUUAAUUUCUUCUCAAGGUCGGGGUGGAGGUGGUGAGGUAUAUGUAUAUACAAUUAAUUUAUUAGAAAAAAUGAGCAAUAGCACAGAAUCCAUCUCUACGCAUAAGGUUCUUCAAUGUGUAACAUUUCCUCCAAGAGGAUUUUCAAUUGGAAUUUUUGGAAAAAGGUCUACUCCAUGGAUUUAUUCAGUCCCAACAAUUGAAUCUCAAAUACUCAUUAUGUAUAUUGUCACCCAACUUUUCCAUUUCCCUCUCAAACACCUAGGAUUUCCCAAGCUCGCCUCUGAAAUCUUUGCCGGCCUAAUCCUUGGAUCAACUUUUCUUGGGCGUUAUAAGAGUUAUCAAGAAACCUUGUUUCCUCUUCCAAGUCAAUCAAUUUUGGGUGCACUCUCAACUUUUGGUUUUCUGCUUUUUCUGUUUCUAAGUGGUGUGAAAAUGGACACUAGCAUGACAAGGAAAAUAGGAAGAAGGGCACUAGUAAUUGGUGUUCUUAAUCACAUGGUUCCUUUGGUAACGGGUAUGAUAACCAUAUAUGCAUUAUCAAGCUCAUUCUAUCAAGAAGGUGCCUCACCACUAUCUACUCCACUUGAAGUGAUAUCUAUUGCUAAGACCUCCUUUCCUGUCAUCUCUUUCCUUCUUAAGGAUCUCGGACUACUUAAUUCAGAACUUGGCCGAUUAGCACUUUCUUCAGCACUUAUUAGUGACUUACUUGGCGUCACGAUCAAUGCAAUUAGCGCUCUGGUUGUUACCAGUGCCAUGUAUACACUGGAAAGAGCAUUCAAGGAUGCAAUGCUUUUAACUGUUUUCAUUAUUGUGGUUAUUUUUGUCUUUAGGCCACUCAUGAUAUGGGUAGUCAAAAGGACCCCUGAAGGGAGGCCUGUUAAAGACCUUUAUAUUUUGCUAAUUGUUCUUGCUGUUUUACUUUCUGGUGUUUUCUCUGACUGGUUUGAACAAACUGUUCUUUUAGGGCCUAUAAUCUUUGGCUUGGCCGUCCCUGAGGGACCGCCUUUAGGAUCUACUCUAGUAGAUAAACUAGAUCCAUUCGCCUCAAGCUUUCUGUUGCCUAUUUUUGUAAGUCUAAUGUCGUUAAGAACAAAUCUCUCUGCCAUAAAUCCGUCUUCUUCUUAUACAUUUGCAAAUAUUGUCCUAUUGUGUGUCGCCAGUUUAUCAAAAAUUCUAGCAUGUUUACUUCCCAUGCUAUAUUGCAAAAUGCCAUUAAAUGAUGCCGCAGCAAUCAGCCUCAUCAUGUCUACGAGAGGUGUUGUUGACUUGGCUACCUACAGCUUUCUAAGAGAUAAUAAGGUUAUCAAUCAGGCUAGUUUUGCUUUUAUGGUUAUAACAACAGCCAUUUCUUCAAUAUUUGUGCAAAUCAUGGUGAAAUGGCUUUAUGAUCCAUCUAGGAAAUAUGCUGGAUAUCAAAGAAGAAACUUAAUGAAUUCCAACAACAAGUUGCCCAUACUUUUUUGCAUCCACAAUCAGGAUAACACUGCUGCUAUACUUAAACUCCUGGAGAAUUCUAAUCCCACUAGGGAUUUCCCUAUAGUUGCCAAUGUUCUCCACCUCAUAGAACUACGGGGUCGAGCAUCUUCUGUUUUCAUCUCUCACCAAGUUCAGACAAAGGCCAUUUCUGAUGUAUCUUAUUCAGAAAAUGUCAUUCUCGCUUUCCAGGGGUAUGAACGGAACAACUAUGGAGCCGUGACCAUUCAAGCUUUUACAGCUAUCUCUCCACGCAAUCUAAUGCAUGAGGAUAUAUGUACUCUUGCCCUUGAUGUCCUUGCAUCCAUCAUUAUAUUGCCCUUCCAUCGAAAAUGGGCCGUGGAUGGAUCAGUAGAAGUUGAAGACCAUGGUUUGAGAGCUUUGAACUGCAGUGUUCUUGAAAGGGCUCCUUGUUCUGUCGGAAUCCUAGUUGAUCGCGGCCAGUUGCGACGUUCUACAUCUGUUCGUGCAUCACCGAAUAUAUAUUCUGUCGCUAUAUUAUAUUUUGGAGGAAAUGACGACCAAGAAGCAUUGGCGUUUGCUAAACGAAUGGCCAUUAGUGGGAUCAUUAGCCUCACAGUGAUACAGUUAAUUUCCAAGCAAGAUAUGAGUUCUGAUGUGGAUCGAGUAAUUGAUUUGGAUGUUGUAGGUGAUUGGAAACAUAGUCGAAGUGGUUGGGAAAAUGUGAAUUAUAUUGAACAUCACGUGAAUGAAGCAACAGAAACAACAUUGUUAGUUCGUUCAUUAGUUGAUGAUUAUGACCUUAUAAUAACAGGGCAACGAAACAAUACACAUUCUCCCCUAACAGCAGGACUUGAAGAAUGGAGUGAAAUCCCAGAAUUAGGAGUCAUUGGUGAUAUGCUUGCCUCGAGGGAUCUUAACACAAGGGCUUCUGUCCUGGUCAUUCAGCAACAACAAACAGCUAUAUAGGCGCUAUACGAUAUGGACGCUUCAGUUACCUUGCUAUACUUGUACAUGUGUGAUACUUACUUAUGUGGAAGAGUUUAGAAAAAUGUACUACACAGAUCUAUAUUAGAUGAUUUUUGGUUUCAUUUUCUGUACGAGUACUUGAAUCUUUCAUCCAAAAGUGUAUACUUGAAAUGUUGGAUGUCAGCUUCAUAUGACAAAAGAAAUUUUCAUAUCAGUACUACCAAUUGCCUCUUACAAAGGGCGAACCACAUUUCUUUUUC